CGGGGAAGGGGCAGGGCGGGGCAGGGCUCUGUGCUUGCUGCCCGGGUCGCGGUGCCUCCCUGCGCUGACAGGGCCCGGGGCUCCUGUCCUCGUACAACCUGGGGCUCGGGGGGCACCGGGCACUCGGGCUCCUGCGGUGAGAGGCGAGGCCCGUUUGGCGGACGGGGCUGCCUGCGCUCCCCCGCCCCGAGGACAGUGCCCAGCACGCGGAGAUUGGUGCUCGCCGGGCGGGGUACGGCACUCGCUCCGGAAAGGGGAGCCUGGCUCCCAGCGGAGAGCGGCACUUGGGGGUCGUUGCAGUUGAGCGCUAAGGGUUUCAGCCCGCGAGUUGGACAAGGGGGAGCUGCAGAAUCAGCUCCUGGCACCUAUGCACCCUGAGGGGUCUUAGGUCGUGCCCUGGUUUAUGAUUAUUACUGAGACAUUGCAGGGGGCUGUGAUGGAGGGCAUGUCAGGUCACUACGACUUCUACAUCGGACUAGGCCUGGCUCUAUCCUCAAGUAUUUUCAUUGGAGGAAGUUUUAUACUAAAGAAGAAAGGGCUUCUCAAGUUGGCCAGCAGGGGCUCCAUUAGGGCAGGACAAGGAGGUCAUGCAUACCUGAGGGAAUGGCUUUGGUGGGCAGGACUACUGUCCAUGGGAGUUGGAGAAGCAGCAAAUUUUGCUGCGUAUGCCUUUGCCCCAGCAACACUAGUAACUCCAUUGGGUGCAUUAAGUGUUCUAGUCAGUGCAGUUUUGUCAUCCUACUUUCUGAAUGAGCACCUGAAUGUCCAUGGAAAGAUUGGCUGCAUCUUGAGUGUUCUGGGCUCCACAGUGAUGGUAAUCCAUGCUCCACAGGAGGAGGAGGUAUCCAGCCUGGAGUCAAUGGCAGAGAAGCUUAAAGAUCCAGGGUUUAUAGCCUUUGCGGUGUGUGUGCUGGUGAGCUCCAUUCUCCUUAUCUUCGUGGCUGGGCCCCGUUAUGGGCGGAGCAACGUUUUGGUGUAUGUUUUGGUCUGCUCUGCCAUUGGCUCGCUCUCAGUGUCCUGUGUCAAGGGCUUGGGCAUCACACUGAAGGAACUGUUUGCUGGGAAGCAGGUCCUGAAAGAACCGCUGGGCUGGAUACUCCUGAUUUGCCUGGUGAUCUGCAUCAGUGUCCAGAUUAACUACCUGAACAAGGCCUUGGACAUCUUCAAUACAUCUGUGGUCACACCUAUCUACUAUGUCUUGUUUACCACAGCUGUCAUGACUUGUUCCGCCAUCCUCUUCAAGGAGUGGCAACACAUGGUCCUACACAACAUAAUUGGCACUAUAAGUGGCUUUCUAACCAUAGUCUCUGGAAUUUUCCUUUUGCAUGCAUUCAGAGACAUCCCCUUCACCCCAGACCUGCUGCCUCUCUUUCUGAAGCAAGGAAGGGCAGACCUGCAUACUUUUUGGAGGGGAGCAGAAAAACACCAGUCAUGUCUACAUCAGCCUCUUCUGGGCCCAGAGGACAUCUACAAGGGUUCUCAGAGUGUGGAGGAGGAAGGUGAAAGUGUGUAAUGACUCAUGAACUUGUUGCCUGGGAAAGCCUUGGAAUUUCUACCCAAGAGCUUUCAAGUCUCACUACUGAGCUCCCCUUAGUGAGUUUGCUAGAUCAGACUCCACCAGCUACAGCUGUGUUAUUGGGAAUAAGUAAACAUUUACUGUCUA